AUGGAGACACACAAUCAUAGCGCAGUGACCACGGUGACUGAAUUUAUUCUCAUGGGGAUCACCGACAACCCUAAGCUGCAGGCGCCUCUCUUUGGAGUGUUCCUGGUCAUAUACUUGGUCACAGUGAUGGGCAACCUGGGCACGGUCAUCUUGACCCAUUUGGACGCCAAGCUGCAUACUCCCAUGUACUUUUUCCUUAGACAUCUGGCAAUCACGGAUCUUGGCUACUCCACUGCCAUCGGCCCCAAAAUGCUGGCCAGCUUUGUGGUGCAGAGAAACACAAUUUCCUCCGGCUGCUGCGCGGCGCAGCUGGCCUCGCUGGAGGUUUUCAUCAUCGCCGAGUUCUUCAUCCUGUCGGCGAUGGCCUACGACCGCCACGCUGCCAUCUGCAAGCCCCUCGUCUACGCGGUCAUCAUGGCCCAGAGGGUGCGCUGGGCGCUGGUUCUCGCCCCCUAUGCCUACGGCACGUUCGUGUCGCUCUUUCUCACUGUCAAGUUGUUUCGCCUGCCCUUCUGUGGCCCUGACACCAUCAGCUACUUCUACUGCGACUGCCUGCCCCUGCUGUCCCUGCUCUGCUCCGACACGCGCGAGCUGGAGCUGAUCGUGUGCAUCUUUUCGGGCUGUAACCUGCUCUCUUCCCUCUCGGUGGUGCUCGUGUCCUACGGCUUCAUCCUCGUGGCCCUUGUCAGGAUGAAGUCCCCGGAGGGGAGGCGCAGGGCCUUCUCCACGUGCAGCGCGCACCUGACGGUGGUGGUCGUGUUCUACGGGACCCUGCUGUCCAUCUACCUGCGGCCCAGGGCCAGCCGGGCUGCCCACGCCGACCAAGCGGCCUCUGUGUUUUACACCCUGGUGAUCCCCAUGCUGAACCCGUUGAUCUACAGCCUGAGGAACAGAGAAGUCAAAGAUGCUCUGAAAAGGACUUUAACUAAGCGCUGCAGAAGCUCUGCUUAA